GAUAAAAUUCCCGCUCCCGCUCUAUCCUAAACGGUUCUUCGAACAAUGAGCAGCAUUCCGGCGAACACCGCCGCCGCAGUCCAACUCCAACAAUAUCCUAAUCCGGCUACUUCAAUCCCACUUCCAAACCCGGAAACAAUCAACUUCCCUCGCUCUGAAAAUUCCUCAAAUCGCCAUAUCUCCUCCAAAUCCACCGGCAAUUCUAUCGAUCCCAUCGUUCUAUGGACCUCUUCCAUCGCUCGCUACUGCCGCAAUGGCCAAUUAGCCGAAGCGGCCGCAGAGUUUACAAGCAUGAGACUCGCCGGAGUUGAGCCGAACCACGUCACGUUGAUUACGCUUCUCUCCGGCUGUGCUGAUUUUCCGUCAGAAAGCCUCUACUUCGGCUCUUCGCUCCAUGGCUACGCCCGUAAAUUAGGUUUGGAUACAGCGCAUGUAAUGGUGGGGACUUCUAUCGUUGAUAUGUAUGCCAAAUGUGCUCAACUGGGUCUUGCUAGGAGGGUUUUCGAUUACCUGAGGAUGAAAAACUCUGUUUCUUGGAACACGAUGCUCGAUGGUUACACGAGGAACGGGGAGAUUGAGCUGGCGAUUGACCUGUUUGAUGAAAUGCCUACGAGAGAUGCGAUUUCUUGGACGGCUUUGAUUAAUGGUCUCUUGAAACAGGGGUACUCUGAACAAGCAUUGGAGUGCUUCCAUCAGAUGCAGUGCUCAGGUAUCAAACCUGAUUAUGUGUCUAUAAUUGCUGUUCUUGCUGCGUGUGCUGAUUUGGGAACGCUUACUUUGGGGUUAUGGGUUAAUCGGUUCGUUAUGCAGCAGGAGUUCAAGGAUAAUAUUAGGAUUAGUAAUUCCUUGAUAGAUAUGUAUUCUCGAUGUGGGUGCAUCGGAUUUGCCCGCCAAGUGUUUGAGAGAAUGUCUAAGCGAACUUUGGUGUCUUGGAACUCCAUUAUUGUGGGGUAUGCUGCUAAUGGGUUUGCAGAUGAAUCUCUGGAGUUUUUUGAUGCAAUGCAGAAGGAGGGAUUCAAGCCAGAUGCAGUUAGCUAUACGGGAGCUCUUACUGCGUGUAGUCAUGCUGGCUUAGUGAAUAAGGGGUUGGAAUUGUUUGAUAACAUGAAGAGGGUGCACAGAAUUAUUCCCAGGAUCGAGCAUUAUGGAUGCAUUGUCGACCUCUAUGGCCGUGCAGGGAGGUUGGAGGAUGCGUUGGAUGUGAUCGAGAAAAUGCCGAUGAAACCGAAUGAAGUUGUGCUUGGAUCGUUGCUGGCUGCCUGCAGGACUCAUGGCGAUGUGAGCUUGGCUGAAAGGUUGAUGAAACAUCUCUCUAAGUUGGACCCGGGAGGCGAUUCAAAUUAUGUGCUCCUUUCGAACAUUUAUGCAGCAAUUGGAAAGUGGGAAGGGGCUAACAAGGUCAGGAGAACGAUGAAAGCCCGAGGUGUGCAGAAAAAACCGGGGUUUAGUUCCGUUGAGAUUGAUGGUAAGGUUCAUGAGUUUGUUGCUGGUGACAAAUACCAUGCUGAUGCAGACAGUAUUUAUUCUAUGUUACAGCUGCUUGUUCAUGAACUAAAGAUAUGUGGCUCUGUCCCUGAAACUGAAACCUUUCUGAAUACCAAAGAAUCUAGUAAAGACCAUUGAAGCCUAUUUUUCCGAGUAAUU